CUCCUCCUCAGCCUCCGAGAGCGAGACAUCAAUAUGGAGCCUGAGGACCUGCCGUGGCCCAGCGAGCUCGAGGAGGAGGCGGAGGAGGCGGAGGUGGCGGAGGUGGCGGAGGAGACGGAGGAGGCCGAGGUGGCCAAGCAGGCGGAGAGCUUGGACGAGGAUGAGGUGGUGAUGGUGGAGGAGGUGGAGGACGACGAGGGUCGGGACCUGGACGCGGACUUAAACUACGAGAGCCAGCCUCGGGAGAGUACAGACGACGAGGAGGACGAGGAGGCCGAGGCCUGGCUGCAGGCACACCCCGGCAGGCCUUUGCUUCUGCCCUCGUUCCCGCAGUACCGCUACUCCGAGGGCGAGCGCACCGGCCCGGAGAAGAGAAUAGAAUUUUGGCAUUUUCUUCCUCAAGAAAUCGACUCUUCCCACACCUCGGACACAACCCAGACCAGGAUUAAUAUGAGAGAGGAAGGAAUGGAAGUGACAGAUUUCCCCUCUGUGGAGGAAGGUAUAUUGACCCAAGCAGAAAAUCGAGUCAAGGAACCCAGCAGAGGUCUCUUUUGUUCUCCGUUGCUAGUCAUACAAGACAGCUUUGCUUCUCCUGAUUUGCCUUUGCUGACAUGUAUGACAGAAGAUCAAGAGUUUGGUCCUGACUCCUUAUUUCACCAAAGUGAACUUGAUUUUGCACCUCUGAGAGGAAUUCCUGGGAAGUCUGAAGACAUUGAAUGGUUUUCUCGACCAUCGGAAGUUAGUGAAGCUUUAUUCCAGGCAACCUCAGAAGUAGCUUCAGACUUUGGUAACAGCCGCUUUAGUGUAUCUCAGCAUCCACUUAUAGGUAGUACAGCUAUUGAGUCUCAGGACUCUUUUUCACCUCGCGAACAAGGAACCAAAGAAGAGACUAUUUCAUCUGAUACAGCUGAUAAACUGAAAACUCCCAAAGACUCUGAUAGUUAUGGUGCUCUUUGUUCAUAUAUGUCGUGGAAGACACAAGAAGUUACACAGGAACCAGAAACCAAUUUAGCUGAGCUUAAUUCAUGUGCUGCUUUAAGUCAAAAAUCUCACAGACAGGUUGUUGGUCCUUGCAAAACACCGCCAGCUUUAAUUCAAUGUGAUACAGACAAUGAACCAUUUCUUCCAGUUGGGAAGACAGAGUCUGUUCCUGCUCUUGACCUUGCAGAGAAGGUAGGAUCUUCAAACAUUUGUCCACUGAAAACGUCAACUUCAGAUUCAUUGUUUUUACAAGAUUUAAAGCAGCAGACCUUUGAAGAAGUUGCAGAUUCCUCAAGCUGUAUUUCGGAGGGCCUGCAGGGGAAGGCUGAAUCUGACACCUGUACCCUGGGUGACGAUGCUGAAUGCUGUGGCCUAGAUGAAAAUGCUGUUAUAUGCAGUGAACUACAAAGAGAGAUAUGUGACCAAAGUGAUUUGACUGGUGAGUGCAUUGAGCUAGCAGGCUUAGAAAAUUUGCUUGAUGAUCUAGAGAUUUGUGACAGCUCCCUGCACUGGCAGUCUGCUUUACAACUACCAUCCAAGGACGAUAGCUGUUUUGAAGAGCCUGUAGGUCAUUCUAAUAUGGACAUUAAUAAGUCUUUUUCAUCAGUAUUGCCUCCAUUUGUUCCUCAUGAGCCAACCGGAGAGUUGGAGUAUCACACCGCAGAUCUCAGAAUGUUGAGGAUAUCUCCUGAGAUUGUGCCAAAGACUCUCAAACAUUUAUCAGGAGAUACUUCUAAAGGAGGCAGAACUGAAAUUACUCAAUCCAACUUGAAACCAGGCAUCACUACCACUCCUAGAGAUUCUGAUGUUAGGCCUCAUUUACCCUCGUCCCCUGAGGACUUGCCUCAAUUGGUAGUAAGGUCUUCUGUGGAGAGUACUAUUGGUCAACAUACUGAUACUCUCAACCAACAGAUAUUGACAGAUGGUCAUGUAACUAAAGAGACACUAAAUGUUUUAGCUGUUCCUGAACUAGCUGACCAGAAUAUUGGCAUAGCUACAAUCCCUCCAAGUUCCUACUCACAAAGAGAGAAGCCCAAUAUUUUCUACCCACAGGCCUUGGGAAACAGACAUCAAACUGAAGAGGCUCUAAGAGUUUUAGCUGUUCCUGGACCUGCAGACCAAAAGACUGAGAAAACAACAGUACCUUCUAGUUCAUAUAGAGAGAAGCACAUUGUUUUAUCCCAGCAACGGCUGCCAGGUAGUCAUCUAACUGAACAGGCUUUGAAAGUUUCAAGUGUUUCUGGACCAGCUGAUCAAACGACUGGGAUACCAACAGUAUCCUCUGCUUCUUACUUACAUGGAGAAAAGCCCCAUAGUUUCUAUCUACAGACAGUGCCAGAAAGUCAUCUCACUGAAGAGGCUCUGAAGGUUUCAGCUGCUCCUGGAUUCACUGACCGGAAGACUGGGAUACCUACAGUGACCCCUACUCCUUACUCACAUAGAGAGAAGCCCAGUAUUUUCUACCAGCAACAGUUACCAGACAGUCAUCCAACUGAACAGUCUGAGAAAGGCACAGCUGUUCCUGGACCAGCUCACCAGAAGACGGGGAUACCUACAGUAACCUCUGCUUCUUUCUUACAUGGAGAGCAGCCUAGUGUUUUCUAUCAACAAGAAUUACCAGACGGUCAGCUAACUGACCAGUCUCAGCAAGUUUUAGCUGUUUCUGCACCAGCUCACCAGAAGACUGGGAUACCUACAGAAACUUCUGCUUCUUUCUCACAUAGAGAGCAGCCUAGUAUUUUCUACCAGCAAGAGUUACCAGACAGUCAUCCAACUGAACAGUCUGAGAAAGUCACAGCUGUUCCUGGACCAGCUCACCAAAAGACUGGGAUAUCAAUAGCACCCCCUACUUCCUACUCACAUAGAGAGAAACCCAUUAUUUUUUACCAGCAGGAGUUUCCAGACAGUCAUCUAACUGAAGAGGCUCUACAAGUUUCAGCUGUUCCAGGACCAGCUGAGCAGAACACUGGGAUACCAACAGGGUCCUCUGGGUCCUACUCAUUUGAAGAGAAGCCCAGUAAUUUCAACCAGCAGACAUUAUUAGAUAGUCAUCUAGCUGAAGAGGCUCUGAGAGUUUCAUCUGCUCCUAGACCAGCUGACCAGACGACUAGUAUACUAAGAGUACCCUCUAGUUUCAACUCACAUAAAGAGAAGCCCAAUGUUUUCUACCAACAGGAGUUGCCAGAUAGUCGUUUAACUGAACAGGCUCAGAAGGUUUCAGCUGUUCCUGGAUCAGCUGAGCCGAAGACUGGAAUACCCACCGUAACCUCUGCUUCUUACUCAUAUAGAGAGAAGCCCUUUCUUUUCUACCCACAGGGCUUGCCAGACAGUCACCUCCCUGAAGAGGUUCUGAGAGUUACAACUGUUCCUGGACCAGCUGACCAGAAGACUGGGUUUCCAUCAGAACCUUCUGGUUUCUACACUCAUAGAGAGAAGCCUAUUAUUUUCUAUCCACAGGCCUUACCAGACGUUCAGCUCACUGAAGAGGUUCCGAAAGUUUCCACCAUUUCUGGACCAGCUGACCAGAAGACUGGGAUACCAACAAUACCCUCUACUUCCUACCCACAGAGAGAGAAGCACAUUACUGUCUCACCACAGGCCUCGCCAGACAGUCAUCUACUUGAAGAGGCUCCAAAAGUUACAGCUGUUCCUGAACCAGCUGAAGAGAAGACUGGGUUGCCAUCAGAACCUUCUAGUUCCUACGCUCAUAGAGAGAAGCCUAUUAUUUUCUACCCACAGGUCUUGACAGAGAGUCAUGUACCUGAAGAGGCUCUGAAAACUUCUGGUGUUCGUGGACCCGCUGACCAGAAGACUGGAUUGCCAUCAGAACCUUCUAAUUCCUACGCUCAUAGAGAGAAGCCCAUUAUUUUCUACCCACAGGGCUUGACAGAGAGUCAUGCACCUGAAGAGGCUCUGAAAACUUUUGGUGUUCAUGGACCCACUGACCAGAAGACUGGAUUGCCAUCAGAACCUUCUAGUUCCUACGCUCAUAGAGAGAAGCCCAUUAUUUUCUACCCACAGGGCUUGACAGAGAGUCAUGUACCUGAAGAGGCUCUGAAAACUUCUGGUGUUCGUGGACCCGCUGACCAGAAGACUGGAUUGCCAUCAGAACCUUCUAAUUCCUACGCUCAUAGAGAGAAGCCCAUUAUUUUCUACCCACAGGGCUUGACAGAGAGUCAUGCACCUGAAGAGGCUCUGAAAACUUUUGGUGUUCAUGGACCCACUGACCAGAAGACUGGAUUGCCAUCAGAACCUUCUAGUUCCUACGCUCAUAGAGAGAAGCCCAUUAUUUUCUACCCACAGGGCUUGACAGAGAGUCAUGUACCUGAAGAGGCUCUGAAAACUUCUGGUGUUCGUGGACCAGCUGACCAGAAGACUGAGUUACCAUCAAAACCUUCUAGUUCCUACUCACAUCGAGAGGAGCCCAGUAUUUUCUACCAACAAGAGUUGCCAGAUAGUCAUCUAACUGAAGAGAUUCUGAAAGUUUCAGCUGGAACAGGCAAUCAGAAGACUGGGAUACCAACAUUACCUUCAAGUUCCUACUCACUUGGAGGGAAGCCCAUUAUUUUCUACCAUCAGGCCUUAACAGAUAGACAGCCCACUGAAGAGGCCCUGAAUGUUUCAGCUUCUGGACCAGCUGAGCAGAAGACUGGGAUACCUACAAUAUCCUCUACUUCCUACUCUCAUAGAGAGCAGCCCUUUAUUUCCUACCCACAAGCCUUGCCAGACAGUCAGCUAACUGAAAAGGCUCUGAAAGUUUCGGCUGUUCCUGGACCAGCUGACCAGAAGACUGGGACACCUACAGUACCAUCUAGUUCCUAUUCAUUUAGAGAGAAGCCCACCAUUUCUUACCAGCAAGAGUUACCAGAUCUUACUCAAGGGACUUUAAAAGUUUUAGGUGUUCCUAAACCAGCUGAACAGAAGACUGGGAUACCAGUAGUAACCUCUACUUCUUACUCACCCGGAGAAAAGCCCAUCAUUUCUUACCAGCAAGAGUUGCCAGAUCCUAAUGAGGAUGCUUUAAAAGUUUUAGUAGUUCCUAGACCAGUUGACCAGAAGACUGGUAUACGAAUUGUGCCCUCUUCUUCCUAUUCACAUAGAGAGAGCACCAUCUCUUCUUACCAGAAGGAAUUGUCAGAUAUUACUGAAGAAACUUUGAAAAUUUCAGCUAUUCCUGGACCAGCUGACCAGAAGACUGGGAUACCAGCAGCAUCUUCUAGUUUUUACUCACAUAAAGAGAAACCCAAAAUUUCAACUGUGAUUGGAUCAGAUGACCAGAAGAUGCCAUUACUGACAGUUUUGCCUAAUUCUUAUUCUCAGAGAGUAAAGCCCAGUAUUUUCUUUAAACAGCAUUUGCCAGGUAGACAUUAUAAUGAAGAUAUUCUGAAGACUUCAUCUGUCCCUGAACCAACUGCAAUGAAUUCUGGUAUACCAAUUCCUCUUUCUAGUUCCUAUUCCCACAGAGAGAAAUUUUCACAGGAAUUACCAGACAAACAUCUAACUGAAGAUGCACUAAAGGUUUCAAAGAUUUCUGGACCAGCUGACCAGACAACUGUGUUACCAACAGCUCCUCCUACUGUUUUUUCACACAUAGAGAAACCAGAUACAUUCUAUCAACAGGAUUUGCCAGAUAGACAUCUAACUGAAGAUGCCCUGAAGUUCUCAAGUGGUCUUGGGCAAGCUGAGCAGAUUACUGGGUUAUCCACAGCUCCCCCUGCUGCUUACUCACACAGUGAGAAGCACAAACUUGUUUCAGGUCAUGUCCAAAAGCUAACAGAUAAUUUGGAUUCUUCUAACUCUAGUAUUAUCUUGAACAAUAUGCCUUUAAAUUCUCAGGCUGAUCGUAGAGUUGUAAUAAAUAAGCCAGAGCCUUCAGAUUUUGACAAUGUUGGCUCGGAAGAAUUCCAGGAUACAGACAAUGAUUCUAAAACUCUUAAAGAGAUUCGAACACUUUUAAUGGAGGCAGAAAAUAUAGCACUGAAACGACGCAAUUUUCCUGCUCCCCUUGUCCCUUUCAGAGAUGUUAGUGAUGUUUCAUUUAUUCAAGCUAAGAAGGUAGUUUGCUUCAAAGAACCCCCUACAGCUGAUGAAUCUCAUGUUGAUUUGCUUCAGAGACAGCCAUUCACAGAGGAAAGUCCGAGCAACAAGUGCAUACAGAAGGAUAUCAGCACACAGACAAACCUAAAAUGCCAGAGAAGCAUUGAAAAUUUGGAGUUUAUUCCUUCAACUACAGUUAGAAGUCCUCUACAGGAAGCAGAAAGCCAAGCUAGAGUGGCAUUAGACGAAACCCUUAGGCAAUAUAAAGCAGCCAAAUCUGUAAUGAGAUCUGAACCUGAAGGGUGUAGUGGAACCAUUAGGAAUAAAAUUCUUAUCCCUAUGAUGACUAUCAUAAAAAGUGAUUCAAGUAGUGAUGCAAGUUCCUGCUCAUGGGACAGUAAUUCUUUAGAGUCAGUUUCUGAUAUUCUUCUAAACUUUUUUCCAUGCGCUUCACCCAAGACAAGCAUGACAGAUAGCAGAGAGGACGAGGGUACGUCAGAGAGUGAUGAUGGGGGUGGUAGUAGUGUAGAUUCAUUGGCUGCACAUGUGAAAAACCUUCUGCAGUGUGAAUCCUCAUUGAAUCACGCUAAACAGAUACUCAGAAAUGCAGAGGAAGAGGAAUGUCGGGUACGAGCACGAGCCUGGAAUCUGAAGUUUAAUAUGGCUCGUGAGUGUGGCUACUCCAUUUCAGAAUUAAAUGAGGAUGACCGGAGAAAAGUAGAAGAGAUCAAAGCAAAGUUGUUUGGUCAUGGAAGAACAGCUGACUUGUCCAAGGGUUUACAGAGUCCACAGGAAAUAGGAUGCAAGCCAGAAGCUGUAUGUAGUCACAUAAUUAUUGAGAGCCAUGAAAAAGGAUGUUUUAGGACUCUAACUGCUGAACAACCACAGUUGGACAGCCAUCCCUGUGUUUUCAGAUCUGCUGAACCCUUAGACAUGCUCAGAGAACAACAGAGCCCAUCAUCAUGGAGAACCAGGCACAUCAACCUUCCCAAAUCACUAGACCAGAGCAACCCCCAUUUCGAAGUUUGGAAUUCCUUGCAGUUACAAAGUCAUUCCCCAUUUCAAAACUUUACUGCUGAUGACUUCAAAAUUAGCAAGGGUUUUCGAAUGCCAUUCCGUGAAAAGAUGGACCCUUGGCUGUCAGAAUUAGUAGAACCUGUUUGUGUGCAACCUGAAGAAAUGGAUUGUCAUUCUUCAUCACAAAUGCUGCCCCCAGAAUCCAUGAAAAAGUUUACUACCUCCAUCACUUUUUCAUCUCACCGACAUUCUAAGUGCUUUUCAGAUUCCUCUGUUCUUAAGGUUGGUGUUACUGAAGAUACCCCGUGUACUGGAGCAUCUGUAGGGGUAUUUAAUUCUCAUUUCACUGAAGAGCAAAAUCCUCCUAGAGAUCUAAAACAGAAAACCUCUUCCCCUUCAUCAUUUAAAAUCAUUAGUCAUUCACCAGAUAAAGCUGUGACUAUUUUAGCAGAAAGCAGUAGGCAAGGUCAAAAAUUAUCUGCUGAACAUUCUCACCAAGAAGAAAAACUCUUAGAAAGACCAGAUUUUAAAGGCAGUCAUUCUGUGCCCAGCACCAGUACAAAUUGUAGCAAAUUUAAGGACAUUCAUUUUUGUGAGAACCAUACCCUCCUUAACAUGGACAGGCCGAGUUCCACAUUAGGAAUAAAAGGGAAGAAUGUAAGUAUAACUCCAAAUCCUCCUUCACACAUACUUCUUGAACAGCAAGAGCUCUUUGAACAAAGCAAAGCCCCACAUGCAGAUCACCAUGUGAGAAAACACCAGUCUCCACCUCCUCAAUAUCAGGAUUAUGUAGCUUCAAACCUUCCUGAUGGCAUUUUUCUUGAAAAACGAGAACUCUUUGAACAAAGCAAAGCCCCAGAUGUAGAUCACCAGAUGAGAGAAAACCACUCCCCACUUCCUCAAGGUCAGAAUUAUAUAGCUCCAGACCUUCCUUCUUCCAUUUUUCUUGAACAACGUCAGCUCUUUGAACAAAGCAAAGCCCCAGAUGUAGAUCACCACAUGAGAAAACAAUAUUCCCCCCUUCCUCAAGGUCAGGCUUGUGUAGUAGAAAACAAUGAUCAACAUAAGCCUAAAUCACACAUUUCUAAUAUGAUAGAUGUUGAACCCAAGUUAAAUAAGAUGGUCUCCCAAUCGGCCCCAAAUCAAAGUACAUUAGCAACAUCUCCACCUACUCCACCUUCAAAUAGAAAAGCACUUUCUUUUGUCCAUAUUACUCUUGCUCCCAAGACUCCUUCCAAGUUGGAUAGUGGAACCUUAGAUGAAAGAUUUGUUUCAUUGGAUCCUGCUUCUAAAACAAGGAUGAAUAGUGAGUUUAACUCUGACCUACAAGCUAUAUCUUCAAGAUCACUGAAACCAACCUCCAAAUUACUGACCACUAAACCUGUAGUACAGGAUCAAGAAUAUUUAGAUUUUCUAGGACCUAAAUCUUCAUCGGACUUUCAAGUUGUACAGUCUCCUCUUCCAGAUAGUAAUACUAUUACUCAGGACUUGAAAACCAUACGUUUUCAGAAUAGCCAGAUAGUAGUAACCUCAAGGCAAACACAAGUGAACUUUUCAGAUUUGGAAGGAUAUCCCAAUCCAGAAGGGACUCCAGUAUCUGCAGAUCGAUCGCUAGAGGAGAUGAAGCCCCCAUCUUCUGCAUUCUCUGGAAAAUUAUCAUCUGAUGCAGUUACUCAGAUAACAACAGAAAGUCCAGAAAAAACCAUGUUUUCAUCUGAAAUUUUUAUUAAUGCUGAAGAUGGUGGACAUGAAAUUCCAGCGCCCAGUACCCAGAAGCUGGGCAAAGUUCCCAUCAAGUCUGCUGCCUCAUCUUCAGUCCAGCAGAUUACUGUUCCUCGUGGCACAGAGGGAGCCCAGCCUUCACUGUUGCCUUAUAAGCCUUCUGGUAGUACAAAGAUGUACUAUGUUCCACAAUUAAGUCAGACUCCUUCAUUUCUGGAUUCCAAAUCAGAUACUACCAUCGAGAGCUCACACUCAGGAUCCAAUGAUGCCAUAGCCCCAGAUUUCCCAGCUCAGGUGCUGGGCACGAGAGAUGAUGAGCUGACACUUACUGUUAACAUUAAGCAUAAGGAGGGCAUCUAUAGUAAGAGGGCGGUGACCAAGGCAUCCCCGUCAACAGGGAAAACGUCCUUUCAGAAAGAUAACGCGGGUUCCCAAGUUCAAGUUCUUAUCACUGGAGAUGAGAACCUCUCAGACAAAAACCAGAAAAAGGAGCUCUACAGUAAAAACGCAGUGACUAACACUGCCCAAACUGAAGAAAAAGAAUCCUUUCAGAAAGAUACUGCAGGUUCCAGUGAUGCUGCCGCUGCAGAGCACUCGGCUCAGCCACAAGACACAAAGAUCGAAAGCCCAUCAGACACUAAAGCCAUUAAACAGAAAGAGGAGAUCCAUAGGAAGAGUACAGUUCCUAAGGAAGCCUGGUCAGAAGAUAAAGAAUCCUUGCAGAUAGAUAUGGAAGAGUCCAGAGGUCAUUCACAAUUUGAAAAUACUACUCAUUCUGUGUUCAGGUCAGCCAAGUUUUACUUUCAUCAUCCAGUGCACCUACCAACUGAUCAAGAUAUUUGCCAUGAAUCCUCAGGGAGGAGUGUUUUCGUGAGACAUUCUUGGAAAGAUUUAUUUCAGCAUCAUCCAGACAAACAGAGAGAAUACACUUGUCUUCCCUCCCCUCAUCAAAAUGAGGAAAAGACGAAGACAGAUUUUACCAGAAUAGGGAGUCUCAGUAUCAACGUAAACUUGGAAAACAAAGAAACAAUACAUCCUACUAAAACUCAGGCUAGAGAUAAUGCAAAAUGUGACAAACCAAUGAAUGAACCAAAAAAGAAUGAUAAGGUCCCUCCAGAGCCAACAACUCAGCACACUGCAAGUUUGAAUGAACUCUGGAACAAGUAUCGGGAGCGACAGAAACAACAGAAACCCCCAGGGUUCAGUGACAGGAAAGAACUGUCCUUGGUGGAACGACUUGAUCGUUUGGCUAAACUUCUUCAGAAUCCCAUCACACAUUCUCUUCAGCCCUCAGAAAGUACACAUGAUGAUAGCAGAGGGGAACGAGACGCUAAGGAAUGGAGUGGUAGACAGCAACAGCAGAAAAACAAGCUUCAUAAAAAGAAGCGGUAUAAGAGUUUAGAGAAAUGCCAUAAAAACAUAGGAGAUCUCAAAAAAAGCAAGGUGCUUUCUACUCAUCAGGCUGGGAGGUCCAAUCAUAUUAAAAUUGAACAGGUUAAAUUUGAUAAAUAUAUUUUGAGAAAACAACCCGGUUUUCAUUAUAUAAACAACACUUCUUCAGAUUCUAGACCCUCAGAGGACAGUGAGCUGCUCACAGAUACGGCCACCAACAUCCUUUCCAGCACCACUUCUGCUGUGGAAUCAGAUAUAUUGACCCAAACAGAUAGAGAAGUGACUCUGCAUGAGAGGAGCAGCUCUAUUUCCACCAUUGACACCGCCCGAUUGAUCCGGGCCUUUGGCCAUGAAAGAGUUUGUCUGUCACCCCGGCGAAUUAACUUAUACAGCAGCAUCACUGACCAUCAGAGGAGAUUCAUUGAGAAGCGGAGCAAGAACAUGAAGAGAGCACUGAACACAGGUUAUCCCCAAAUGACUUGUGAGCACACCAGAAGGAAGCACAUCCAGGUGGCAAACCAUGUGAUUUCCUCUGACUCUAUUUCAUCUUCUACCAGUAGUUUCUGGAGCUCGAGCUCUACCCUUUACAACAACCAGAAUGUACAUAUGUUAAACAAGGGCGUGCAAGCAGGGAACUUGGAGAUUGUAAAUGGUGUUAAAAAACACACUCGAGAUGUUGGGAUGACUUUCCCAACUCCAAGUUCUAGCGAGACUAGAGUGGAAGAGGACAGUGAUGUGACAUCUUGGUCAGAAGAAAAAAUAGAAGAGAAAAGACUUCUUACCAGUUACCUUAAGGACAAAAAGUUAAAGAAGAAUAAGCAGAGUUGUUGUGAAGGAGUUUCAUGGUUUGUUCCCGUGGAAAAUGUGAAGUUUGGUCCUAAGAAGGAAAACCUGCCCAAGCUUUAUGGCCCUGGUAUCUCCUGGUUUGCACCAGUAACCAACACGAAGCCCUGGAGGGAGCCACUACGGGAACAGAACUGGCAGGGCCAGCACGUGGAGAGCCACGGGUCACCUGCAGGCCCAGGCAAGGGCCCGCUGAAGCCAUUUGUCAGAGUGACCCUACAGGAGUCACUGCAGCUUCACAGACCUGACUUCAUCUCCCGCUCUGGGGAGCGGAUAAAACGCCUCAAGUUAAUAGUCCAGGAGAGGAAGCUGCAGAACAUGUUACAGAGUGAGCGGGAGGCACUGUUCAACACUGUGAGAGAAUGGCAGGGCUACCGGCACCCCAUACGCCCGCUGCCUAAGACAGGCUUCCUGGCUGCCCAGAAGGACAGGCCUAUUGGCAAGAAGGAAAUGAUUCAGAGGUCCAAACGGAUUUAUGAGCAGCUUCCAGAAAUACAGAAAAAGAGAGAAGAAGAGAAGAGGAGAUUGGAAUAUAAGUCGUACUGGCUGCGAGCCCAGCUCUAUAAAAAGAAAGUGACCAAUCAACUCUUGGGGAGAAAAGUUCCCUGGGACUGACAAGAUUAUUUUCCUCAGAGCCUUCAAAUUUUAUUUUAUCAACCUGAAGAAGCACAAUCCUUACUUUCAUGAGUAUGGUUUAAUAAAACUAACUCUUUUUCCACGUGUAAUUUAGAAGUGGUAACCUUCUAAAGAGUCUGGAACAGAGGGGUGAUUAAGAGAAUUCAUGGUUUAGGAGCAAUACUUUCUGCAAUGGCCUUGCCCACAGGGAUGUUUGUUACAACUAUAUUAUCUCUUAAUUCUAGCCAAGAAUUAGACCCUUUUUUGUAUGUGUUUUUAUACUUUUAGAAAAUAAAUGACUUCUUAUUGACUCAUCGUAAACCAAGCAACAAAGGAUCAUUUCUUUCGCAUCUGGAGAUGUGCAGGGAGCAAUUGUUCCACCCACCCCGGGAGCCUCCAUUUAAAAGCAUCAAUCAAGGGAAAUGGGCCGUGAGAAUGAAAUGCAGCGUUUCUCUAGAAACACAGCUCACCGUGGCAAGAGCGCUAUCGUAGGCUUUAUGGGGUGGGUGUCUGGUUAGGGUACCCGCUGGGCAUGCCCAGAGCCUCCCAGCACCGUGGACCCUGAACCUCCCCUUAGCCUCAUCCCAGCUGCUUUGUAUGUCGGGACAAAAGGCCUUUGGUGAACUUUCCUCCACCCACUCUCUUGUUUUCAGGACUGAAGCCUCAGACCAUUUAUCAUAGCUCAUGGAAAACCACUUCUGAAAAGCAGAAGUUAAUAUAUGUGAUAAUGCACAGAAAGCACCUGGAAUUACAGCUGAGGCCCAAAGUCGAGCAGGGCAGGGUGCUAAGCAGACUUAUUCUAAGUUCAGCGAAGCUCCAGCAGGGCAGUAGGGGCCAGUUGCCUCCCCAGAAAGCUUCCUGAGAGGACAUAUCAAAGAGCAGGCCCUGCCACCAAGCACAACUCAGAGCUUUCAAAUGAUGCCACCUAGACUCCCUAACUCAGAAGAAGACGGUGAAGAAGGCUCAGAGAAAAGAUCUGAUGGUGCAUGUGUGCGUGCAUGAGAACUCCUAGUUCUUCCCUGUCGUACUGGACAAGGGCCUAGAACACUGUGACUCAUUAAGGAUUGGUUGAAGGGCGUGCAGAAGGUGAUCAGUCCAGAUUUGAGAGGCUCUGGGAAAGACUUUAGGAAGCUCUAACGGGUAGGUUACGGAAGGCCCCUGAAUGUCAUGAAGACAUGGAAACAUCUGAUGGAGUUGGCGAUUGAAUAAAUGAAUAUAAUCUACAGGAAGACAGGAGCUUUUUCUGACUUGCUCACAGCUCUAUUUCC